AUGAAGAGCGAACGGGCGCGCAGGGGCACAAGCGGCUCCGGGGGCCUCGGCGCGGGACUCAAGUACACCUCGCGGCCAGAGAACAUGAAUGGCUUUGAGGAGGGCGUGGAGUUCCUGCCGGCCAACAACACCAGGACGGUGGAGAAGGGCGGCCCGCGGCGGUGGGUGGUGCUGGUAGCCGUGCUGGCUGGCCUCCUGCUGCUGUCCCUCAUGGCGGGGCUCCUGGUGUGGCACUUUCAGUACCGGAACGUGCGGGUCCAGAAGGUCUUCAAUGGCUACCUGAGGAUCACGAACGAGAACUUUCUGGAUGCCUACGAGAACUCCAGCUCCACUGAGUUUGUAAACCUGGCCAAGAAGGUGAAGGAAGCGCUGAAGCUCUUAUACAGCGGGAUCCCUGUCCUGGGCCCCUACUACAGGAAGUCAGCUGUGACCGCCUUCAGCGAGGGCAGCAUCAUCGCCUACUACUGGUCGGAGUUCAGCAUCCCCCAGCACCUGGUGCAGGAGGCCGAUCAGGCCAUGGCGCAGGAGCACGUGGUCACGCUGCCGCCCCGAGCCCGCUCCGUGAGCUCCUUCGUGCUGACCUCAGUGGUGGCCUUCCCCACUGACCCCAGAACAGUACAGAACACCCAGGACAACAGCUGCAGCUUUGCCCUGCACGCCCGUGGCAGCGAGCCGACCCGCUUCACCACGCCCGGCUUCCCCGACAGCCCUUACCCGUCUCAUGCCCGCUGCCAGUGGACCCUGCGGGGGGACGCUGACUCCACACUGAGCCUCACCUUCCGCAGCUUCGACGUCGCGACCUGUGACGAACGUGGCAGUGACCUGGUCACUGUGUAUGACACCCUGAGCCCCGUGGAACCCCGGGCCCUGGUGCAGCUGUGUGGCACAUACCCUCCCUCCUACAACCUGACCUUCCUCUCCUCCCAGAACGUCCUGCUCGUCACGCUGGUGACCAGCACCGAGCGCCGACACCCCGGCUUCGAGGCCACGGUCUUCCAGCUGCCUCGGAUGAGCAGCUGUGGAGGCUACUUGCAUGCAGCCCAGGGCACAUUUAGCAGCCCCUACUAUCCAGGCCACUACCCGCCCAACAUCAACUGCACCUGGAUCAUCGAGGUGCCCGACAACCAAAACGUGAAGGUGCACUUCAAAGCCUUCUUCUUGCUGGAGCCCAACGUCCCCCUGGGUUCCUGCUCCAAGGACUACGUGGAGAUCAACGGGGAGAGGUACUGUGGAGAGAGGCCCCAGUUUGUUGUGAGCAGCGGCAGCAGCAAGAUCACCGUCCACUUCCACUCGGACCAGUCCUACACGGACACCGGGUUCCUGGCCGAGUACCUGUCCUACGACGCCAGUGACCCGUGCCCGGGCAGGUUCAUGUGUAACACAGGGCGGUGUAUCCAGGAGGAGCUGCGCUGUGACGGCUGGGCUGACUGCACCGACCACAGCGACGAGCUCCACUGCCAAUGCAACGCCACCUACCAGUUCACGUGCACGGACAAGCUCUGCAAGCCCCUCUUCUGGGUCUGUGACUCCGUGAAGGACUGCGAGGACGGCAGUGACGAGCAGGGCUGCAGCUGCCCGCCCGAGACCUUCAGGUGUAACAACGGGAAGUGCCUCCCGCAGAGCCAGCGGUGUGACCGGAAGGACAACUGUGGGGACGGGUCCGAUGAGGCCACGUGCGACCAGGUGAGCACCGUCACCUGCACCAAACACACCUACCGCUGCCUCGACGGGCUCUGCGUGAGCAAGGGCAACCCCGAGUGUGACGGGAAGCAGGACUGUGUCGAUGGCUCGGAUGAGAAGGACUGUGACUGUGGGCUGAGGUCGUUCACCAGGCAGUCUCGGGUUGUCGGGGGUGAGAACGCGGACGAAGGGGAAUGGCCCUGGCAGGUGAGCCUCCACGCCCUGGGCCAGGGCCACGUGUGUGGUGCUUCCCUCAUCUCCCCCAGCUGGAUGGUGUCCGCCGCCCACUGCUUCGUCGACCAAAGAGGAUUCAGGUACUCUGACCACAGCAUGUGGACCGCCUUCCUGGGCCUGCACGACCAGAGCAAGCGCAGCGCCCCCGGGGUGCAGGAGCGCCGGCUGCAGCGCGUCAUCUCCCACCCCUUCUUCAACGACUUCACCUUUGACUACGACAUUGCGCUGCUGCAGCUGCAGCAGCCAGCCGAGUACAGCGCCACCGUGCGGCCCAUCUGCCUGCCGGAUGCCGCGCACGCCUUCCCCACCGGCAAGGCCAUGUGGGUCACCGGCUGGGGCCACACGCAGGAGGGAGGCACGGGGGCGCUGGUCCUGCAGAAGGGCGAGAUCCGCGUCAUCAACCAGACCACGUGCGAGCGCCUGCUGCCGCAGCAGAUCACCGCGCGCAUGCUGUGCGUGGGCUACCUCAGCGGCGGCGUGGACGCCUGCCAGGGCGAUUCCGGGGGCCCGCUGUCCAGCCCGGAGGCCGAUGGGCGGAUGUUCCAGGCCGGCGUGGUGAGCUGGGGCGACGGCUGUGCGCAGAGGGACAAGCCAGGCGUGUACACGAGGCUCUCCGUGUUUCGGGACUGGAUUAAACAGCAGACAGGGGUGUAG